AUGAUGACUAAAAUCACUGUAAGAACCCCAAGUACAGAUAUGCAGUCAACCCGUAUACUACCAUUUCAUCAAGUCACAAUCAUGGGUUCACAAAUUCCUCCCAAUGGGUCUGAAACAUUACCUACAGAACUUUGGCGUCAUCCGGAUCCCACUUCCACGCGCAUGUACGAAUUUAAAGAGAUUGUUAACAAGAAAUAUAACUUGAACUUGGACAGUUAUGAUGAUUUGUAUGAAUGGUCUAUUGGGAAUAUAGCGGAAUUCUGGGAGGAGACUUGGUGGCUCACGGGGAUUAGGGCGGAGAGGGGGUUUGAUAAGGUUGUUGACAAUAUUGCCCCAAUGUUUCCUCGACCCAACUUCUUUCAAGGAUCUCUCCUCAACUUUGCCGAAAACCUCCUUUACCCCGCUAAUCUUACUAUUGACCCAGAUUCUCCAGCUAUCAUCGCCGCCACAGAAUCCACUCGCAAUACUGUCUCAUGGGCCGAACUCAGAGAACAAGUUCGAAAAUGUACUAAUGCCUUACGAACGCUCGGUGUCAAACCUCAUGACCGAGUUGCUGGGUUCGUAGGAAAUCAUACGAAUACCGUGGUGGCAAUGUUAGCUGCUGCAUCUAUAGGAGCAAUAUGGACCGGUGUCAGUCCUGAUACGGGAGUUGCGGCUGUCUUGGAUCGAUUGGUGCAGAUUGAGCCGGUCGUACUUUUUGCUGACAAUGGGGUCGAGUAUAAUGGAAAGUUUCAUGAAAGUUUGACGAAAACACGUGAGAUUGUAAAGGAAUUAAAGGGGCUUAAACGAUUGAUUAUUUUCGAUACUGUGAAUCUUCCAAUUGAGAUUGAAGGGUUUGAUAUCAAGGAUGGGAAAGCAGAGACUUAUGAUGAGUUUUUGAAAAGAUGCCCAUUAGAAUUUGCACAGCUCCCACCAGAUACUCCACUGUAUAUCCUCUACUCUUCAGGAACAACCGGAAAACCCAAAUGCAUCAUUCACUCUUCUCUAGGAACUCUCAUCCAACACAAAAAGGAACACAUCCUUCACUGCGAUAUUCGUCCUGGUGAUCGCCUUUUCUACUUCACAACGUGCACUUGGAUGAUGUGGCAUUGGCUCGUAUCGGGCUUGGCUUCCGGAACCGCUAUAGUUCUGUACGAUGGAUCACCUUUCAAACCGCAUUCAAAUCUCUCCAUGCCUCUUCUCAUCCAAGAAUUAGGAAUCACCCAUUUUGGAACCAGUGCGAAAUAUCUCUCCAUUCUCGAACAAAACAACAUUCUCCCUUUGAAAGAAAACAUCAAUCUCUCCACCCUCCGCGCAAUUUACUCCACUGGCUCACCAUUAGCUCCUUCAACUUUCAGAUACAUCUACAACGCCUUCCCCCCAACUAUAAACCUCGGUUCCAUAACAGGCGGCACAGAUAUAAUCUCCCUCUUCGGUGCCCCGUCCCCUCUCUCCCCGGUUUACACCGGCGAAAUCCAGGUCCGCGCCCUCGGCAUGUCCAUCACCGCCUAUUCCCCCGCCGGAUCUCCCGUCCCAGCAGGCGAACCCGGAGACUUAGUUUGCACCAAACCAUUCCCCAGUCAGCCCACUACAUUUUUCUCUCCCUCCACCUCUCACAGUUCAGAAGCCUCUUCAAGCCCAUCUCCAGGCGAUAAAAAAUACUUCGAAUCCUAUUUCGAAACUUUCCCGGGUGUAUGGCAUCAUGGCGAUUUCAUCAAAUUCUCCCCCGCAACAGGAGGAAUCUACAUGCUGGGUCGCUCAGACGGCAUCCUCAAACCAUCCGGUGUCCGCUUCGGCUCGGCUGAAAUCUACAAUAUCCUUCUCAAACACUUCCACGCCGAAAUCGAAGAUGCGCUCUGUAUAGGACGACGACGUCCUACAGAUGACGAUGAGACGGUCGUUCUUUUCGUGAAGAUGGCUCCGGGCUAUAAGUUUGAUGAGGAGUUGAAAGAAGGCAUUAGGAAAGUGGUGAGGAAGGAAUUGAGCGCGAGACAUGUACCCGGGAUUAUCGAAGAGUGCUUUGACAUACCCGUGACGACGAAUGGGAAGAAGGUCGAGGUGGCGGUGAAACAGAUUUUGUGUGGCAUGGAUGUGAAGAUUAGUGCGAGUGUGGCGAAUAGAGAGUGUUUGGAUUGGUAUCGGGAGUGGGCGGGGAGAUGUUAG